UGCAAGCUUUGGGAGGCUGGGAGGGGAGAGAGGGAGGGGCGCCGACUGGGCAGUCCAAAGAGGAGGGGGCCUUUAAUAGGCUCGCCUAGCGCCCGGUUUCUGGCGCUACGAGUAGCUGCGGUUCGGAGAAGCGGCCCGGCACCUCCCUCUAGUUCUCGGCUGCAACUCUUCGUCCUGCACUUGACAGCGAUUGCACUUAAGCUCCAGGGGCGCGCUUUGCUUGGGAAGGCACAGGUAGGAGGCGCGGGCUACCCCGCGCAAGCUCACCGCUCUGGGAGGAGUCGCCUUCCCUUUGCUCUCCUUUCGGGAGCUGCGGACUGCCCGGAGAGUUGGUGGUUCCCGUGCGCUGGCUGCACGGCGAUCGUGCCGGCUGCCGCUCCAAGAGCGCAGCUGUGCGCUGCCCGGCGCCAUGCUUCUGCUGGGCAUCUUCACCCUGACUCUCGCCGGGGGACCCGCUGGCGGCUCAGAGCCAGAGCGGGAGGUAGUGGUGCCCAUCCUACUGGACCCGGACAUCAACGGCCGCCACUACUACCGGCGGGGUCCCGAGGACCCCGGGGAUCAGGGGCUCAUUUUUCAGAUCACAGCGUUUCAGGAGGACUUUUACCUACACCUGACGCCGGAUGCUCAGUUCCUGGCGUCCGCCUUCGCCACUGAGCAUCUGGGCGUCCCCCUCCAGGGGCUCCCCGGGAGCGCUCCAGACCUGAGACGUUGCUUUUACUCUGGGGACGUGAACGCCGAGCCGGAUUCGUUCGCCGCUUUGAGCCUGUGCGAGGGGCUACGCGGAGCUUUCGGAUAUCGAGGCGCCGAGUAUGUCAUUAGCCCAUUGCCUAACGCCAGCAUUCAGGCGGCGCAGCGCAACAGCCAGGGUGCACACCUCCUCCAGCGCCGGGGCACCCCCGGCGGGCCUCAGGGAGAUCCCACCUCUCGCUGCGGGGUGGCCUCAGGCUGGAACCCCGCCAUCCUGCGUGCCCUCGACCCUUACAAGCCUCGGCGGACCGGUUUAGGGGAGAGUCGCAGCCGGCGCAGGUCUGGGCGCGCCAAGCGCUUCGUGUCUAUCCCGAGGUACGUGGAGACACUGGUAGUGGCGGACGAGUCAAUGGUCAAGUUCCACGGUGCGGACUUGGAGCAUUAUCUCCUGACGCUGCUGGCCACGGCGGCGCAACUCUACCGCCAUGCCAGCAUCCUCAACCCCAUCAGCAUCGUCGUGGUCAAGGUGCUGCUUCUCGGAGACCGCGACGCAGGGCCCAAGGUCACCGGCAACGCGGCCUUGACGCUGCGCAACUUCUGUGCCUGGCAGAAGAAGCUGAAUAAAGUGAGUGACAAGCACCCUGAGUACUGGGACACCGCCAUCCUCUUCACCAGGCAGGACCUGUGUGGAGCCACCACCUGUGACACGCUGGGCAUGGCUGAUGUGGGCACCAUGUGCGACCCGAAGAGAAGUUGUUCUGUGAUUGAGGAUGAUGGGCUGCCAUCAGCCUUCACCACUGCUCAUGAGCUGGGCCAUGUGUUCAACAUGCCCCAUGACAAUGUGAAAGUGUGUGAGGAGGUGUUUGGGAAACUCCAAGCCAACCACAUGAUGUCCCCAACACUCAUCCAGAUUGACCGUGCCAAUCCCUGGUCAGCCUGCAGUGCUGCCAUCAUCACUGACUUCCUGGACAGUGGGCAUGGCGACUGUCUCCUGGACCAACCCAGCAAGCCCAUCGCCCUGCCUGAGGAUCUGCCAGGUGCCAGCUACACCCUGAGCCAGCAGUGUGAGCUGGCCUUUGGUGUAGGCUCUAAGCCCUGUCCCUACAUGCAGUACUGCACCAAACUUUGGUGCACCGGCAAGGCAAAGGGGCAGAUGGUUUGCCAGACCCGCCACUUCCCCUGGGCAGAUGGCACCAGCUGCGGCGAUGUCAAGUUCUGCCUCAAGGGGGCAUGUGUGGAGAGACACAAUCUCAAUAAGUACAGGGUGGAUGGCUCCUGGGCUAGGUGGGAGCCCUACGGCCCCUGCUCUCGCACCUGUGGCGGGGGAGUGCAGCUGGCCCGGAGGCAGUGCAGCAACCCCACCCCUACCAAUGGGGGCAAGUACUGCGAGGGAGUGAGGGUGAAAUACCGAUCUUGCAACCUGGAGCCCUGCCCCAGCUCAGCCUCUGGCAAGAGCUUCCGGGAAGAACAGUGUGAAGCCUUCAAUGGCUACAACCACAGCACCAACCGGGUCACCCUUGCCGUGGCGUGGGUGCCCAAGUACUCAGGUGUGUCUCCUCAGGACAAGUGCAAGCUCAUCUGCCGAGCCAACGGCACUGGCUACUUCUACGUGCUGGCACCCAAGGUGGUGGACGGCACGUUGUGUACCCCUGACUCAACCUCAGUCUGCGUCCAGGGCAAGUGCAUCAAGGCUGGCUGUGACGGGAACCUGGGCUCCAAGAAGAAGUUCGACAAAUGUGGGGUGUGUGGGGGAGACAAUAAGAGCUGUAAGAAGGUGACAGGACUCUUCACCAAGCCCAUGCAUGGCUACAACUUCGUGGUGGCCAUCCCUGCAGGUGCCUCCAGCAUAGACAUCCGUCAGCGUGGCUACAAGGGGCUGAUUGGAGACGACAACUACCUGGCCUUGAAGAACAGCCAAGGCAAGUACCUGCUCAAUGGGCACUUCGUAGUGUCACCUAUGGAGCGGGACCUGAUGGUAAAGGGCAGCCUGCUGCGCUACAGUGGCACAGGGACGGCGGUGGAGAGCCUGCAGGCCUCCCGGCCCAUCCUGGAGCCGCUGACUGUGGAGGUCCUCUCGGUGGGGAAGAUGACGCCACCGCGGGUCCGCUACUCCUUCUAUCUGCCCAAAGAGCCUUGGGAGGACAAGUCCUCCCAUCCCAAGGCCCCGCGGCCCCACUCUGUGCUUCACAACAGCGUCCUCAGCCUCUCCAAUCAAGUGGAGCAGCCGGACGACAGGCCCCCUGCACGCUGGGUGGCAGGCAGCUGGGGGCCUUGCUCCACGAGCUGUGGCAGUGGGCUGCAGAAGCGGGCAGUGGUCUGCCGUGGCUCCCUGGGGCAGCGCACAGCAUCUGCCUGUGACACAACCCAUCGGCCAGUGGAGACAAGAGUCUGUGGCGACCCUUGCCCGACCUGGGAGCUGGGUGCCUGGUCACCCUGCUCCAAGAGCUGUGGCCGGGGCUUUAAGAGACGUCCACUGAAGUGUUUGGGCCAUGGAGGGCGGCUGCUGGCCCGGGACCAGUGCAACCUACGCCGGAAACCCCAAGAGCUGGACUUCUGCAUCUUGAGGCCGUGCUGAAUAGGACCGUCCCUUUCUCCUCCUCACUGUCCACUCCAUUGGUGCUGCCAGUGUUCUGGCCAGCUGGAGCCGUGGGCCAGGGGCGGUGUCCGGGGGGCCCAUGCCAUGAUGUCACCACAUCCAGGGACAAGGAUCAUGGGUGGGGGUGAGCGGUCCCCUCCUUCUCUCUGGCCUGGGCAGGGAGCUAAGUAACUAAUGCACAGUCUACCUCACGCCCAGCUCCUCUGGAGCCCAGUCUCGGGGAGAGGCUGAGAGGUGCGGGUGCUGGGCAAGAAGGCGCUGGGGCCCAGUUUCCAAGGGACAUGGAGGAUGGGCACCUCCCAGGCGGAACUUCAGGGACCUUGGCUCCCGUAAGGGAGGCCGCAGGCUGCUGGAAGAGCCAUGGCCCAGCAGCUUGGCACCCUCAGGUGGCCCCAGGGGCUCUGAGCCAUCUCUGAAUAAGGUGCUUUCAGCCUGCUUCCCUUUUCUGACUGACAUGGAUUGAAUAUUAAAAAUGGGCUGGGGGUGAGCAGGAGCUGAGAGGAGAGUGAGAAGAGGUAUACCUGCAGCCUGGGCCACUCCUUUAGGGAAGAGGUGGAUAUAGAAGGGAGUCCUGAUGUUCCUCAUCUUUUAUUCUUGGCUCUGCCUUAAAGAGCCACCUCUUCUCCCUGUGUCAUCCAGGAUGCCAGACUUGUGAGAGGGUUUUCACAUAGGUGUCCCCUGAGGCUUUGCAGGUAGAGUUGGAAGUCAAGAGGGAGAGUACUGUCUUCUUAAAGAGGGAUCCGACCAUUAAAAAAGAUGCUGAAACUUAGAAGAGGAGAUGGAUUCUGUGGCUGAAGCAGGGAGUUUGAAGAGAGAUCUAGAGGGUUCUGUUGUCACUGGGGCUGGGGCUGAGCUUUGGGGGAAUGGCACCCUGGAAUGGGGAGAAGGAGGCCCCAGUUCUGAUGGCUUCUUCCUCCAGAGAGGCAGGUAUAAAUUAGGCUGAUGCCUUAGGCUCUGCAUUGCCUCAGAGAACCUUCAAAGUGGCCUUGGUCCUGUGCCCACUCAGAGGGCCUGGGAUAUGCCCAGGAGGGCUGGGUGGUGAACAUCCACAUGCCUUCAGGUUGGUCUUCAUUCGGACAGCUCCAUGCGGUCUGGCCUUGGGCCUGUCACGUUGUAUCCCAGGCUGUGGUUUCUGCAGUUGCAAACGGGGUUCACUAUUUGCUACCUCAGGCUGUGCUCUCUGGAAACCUACCCUUGUCCCUCUUCUGGGGCAGUGGUGACCUGGUGCUUCCAGAAGACCCGGCUGUCAUCCUCUGUAGACUGAGCUGCCCAGAUGUCAACAUGAGCUUGGGUGCAUGGUUUUCUGCUCUCCACAGUCUGGCCACUCACUAUGGGUCCAAAUACAAAGACGGGGUCUCUUUUAUCAGGUGUCCUGGGGACAGGUUUCAGGAGACACCAAGAGUCAAUUACCUGACCCAGGGGCCCUUGGCAGUCACCAGUAGGAACUACUGGAGACCUGUCUAUCUCGGAGACCUGUUGGGGGAAUUGAAACCAGGGCAUUGCUUAUAGCUCCAAGUGGGAAGAUAUUUUGGGGGCUAGAGCUUCUUUGGCCAAGCAGGGUUUCUUGAGGGUGCAGCUGCCCCAGGGUAUAUGUGGGAGAUUCUGCUUCUGAGUAUAGGUAAUUAGUCCUGGACUUUGGUGAGGUGACAUCAGGACAAGUGUCUUUUGUUUGGUUUCCCCUAAUAGUCAGAAUCCACAAACCAGCCAGACAGCCAGCCAUGCAGGCCUCUGAGAUGGUGCUCUAAUCCAAGUCUAAUCUAACUCUAACCCUGGGCUGGGCCCUUGAGCAGGGCUCCCGGCAGUGGGGCAGCGGGCAUGCAGAUCUUAGAGAUAGGGCUGCAGUCUCCCUGGGAGAAUGGAGUGAGGAGGACUCCUCCUCCAUGUAGGAGUGAAUACUGUGGGGCUGCAGAGCCAAAAGGAACCCAGGGUGCCAGGCCAGAUGCAGAUCCAGCUAGCUGACGACAGCACUGUGCCCUGUGUUUGGGGAACCCUUCCUUGGCGAGGAGAGGGUGGCACAGGGGCUGUGCAGAAUGGGCAGGGGAAUGGGGUGGGUGGGUAGGGAAAUGCCAUCAGUGGGGGUGCCUGGCCCCCUAGCAGAGCAGCUUUACAAAUCAUUUCAAGGAGGGACAACCAAUCUUGUUCCUGACACAAGCUGGGUCUCAAUGUUCUUUUCUGUUGUGCUGUUUUUCUUUUUCCUUUUUUACCUUUUUAAAAGAAAUCUGACCAAGACAACUUGGGAGGUUUGUCCUGUCUUUGACCAUUUCACUAAUCCAACCAUGCUCUCCAAGGCUGAGCAGAGACAAGCCUCAAGGCACAGGUUUCUGGUGAUAGAAUAAAAAAUUAAGGUUGUAUCUCAUGUCUAUGGAAGAAGAGGAACAUCCUGGGUGCUCUAGCAACUUCUUCUGUGGGGUGUCUCCUGUGCCCAUCAUGUGCACUGAUUGGAGAAGUCUAACCUAUGGGCCUUGCCGUACUGGAGUGGGGGGGGGGGAUGGAAGGAACUGAAGACAGGUGGAGGGACUUGAGUGUUCCCAGCCUGGGAGCUGGCUCUGGAAGGCACCAGACACUGUCGUUUAUAGAGCCUUCCUCCACUUUUGUGUUUGGUUCUUUUGCAGUCCAUGUACUGCAGAAGGAUGAAAGGACCUGGAUAGUGGCUGGGCUGUGUAUACUGUGUAUACAUGGGGGCUGGCUGCUGCGGGGACAAUAGCCUACUCCUA